AUGACAGUCUUAGGGCCCCCUAGAAGUUGGAACUGCCAGUGGUUGCCACUCCUGAUGCUGCUGCUGCUGAGCACAAGCCGUGAGCCAGGGGUGGCAGGCGUGACACACUACAAAGCCGGCGACCCUGUCAUUCUGUAUGUCAACAAAGUGGGACCCUACCAUAACCCUCAGGAGACUUACCACUACUAUCAGCUUCCAGUCUGCUGCCCUGAGAAGAUACGGCACAAAAGCCUUAGCCUCGGUGAAGUGCUGGAUGGUGACAGAAUGGCUGAGUCUUUGUAUGAGAUUCGCUUUCGAGAGAAUGUGGAAAAGAGAAUUCUGUGCCACAUGCAGCUCAGUUCUGCACAGGUGGAACAGCUGCGCCAGGCCAUCGAGGAAUUGUACUAUUUUGAAUUUGUGGUGGACGACUUGCCACUCCGUGGCUUUGUGGGCUACAUGGAGGAGAGUGGCUUCCUGCCUCACAGCCACAAGAUAGGACUCUGGACCCAUUUGGAUUUUCACCUGGAAUUCCAUGGAGAUCGAAUUAUAUUUGCCAAUGUCUCAGUGCGGGACGUAAAGCCCCACAGUUUAGAUGGGUUACGACCUGAUGAGCUCCUAGGCCUCACCCACACUUACAGCGUGCGCUGGUCUGAGACUUCCGUGGAGCGUCGGAGUGACAGGCGCCGUGGUGAUGACGGUGGUUUCUUCCCCCGGACACUGGAAAUCCAUUGGUUAUCCAUCAUUAAUUCCAUGGUGCUUGUGUUUUUACUGGUGGGUUUCGUGGCUGUCAUUCUCAUGCGUGUGCUUCGGAAUGACCUGGCUCGGUACAACUUGGAUGAGGAGACAACCUCUGCAGGUUCUGGUGAUGACUUUGACCAAGGUGACAAUGGCUGGAAAAUCAUCCAUACAGAUGUCUUCCGUUUCCCUCCAUACCGUGGUCUGCUCUGCGCUGUGCUUGGUGUGGGUGCCCAGUUCCUGGCCCUUGGCACUGGCAUUAUUGUCAUGGCACUGCUUGGCAUGUUCAAUGUGCACCAUCACGGGGCCAUUAACUCAGCAGCCAUCCUGUUGUAUGCCUUGACCUGCUGCAUCUCUGGCUAUGUGUCCAGCCGCUUCUACCGGCAGAUCGGAGGCAAGCGUUGGGUGUGGAACAUCAUUCUUACCACCAGUCUCUUCUCUGUGCCUUUCUUCCUGACCUGGAGCGUGGUGAACUCAGUACACUGGGCCAAUGGUUCGACACAGGCUUUGCCAGUCACCACCAUCCUGCUGCUUCUGACGGUUUGGCUGCUGGUGGGCUUUCCCCUCACCGUCAUUGGCGGUAUCUUCGGGAAGAACAAUGCUAACCCCUUUGAUGCACCUUGUCGCACCAAGAAUAUCGCCAGGGAAAUCCCGCCUCAGCCCUGGUACAAGUCUACUCUCAUACACAUGACUGUUGGAGGCUUCCUGCCUUUCAGUGCCAUCUCUGUGGAGCUGUACUACAUCUUUGCCACAGUAUGGGGUCGGGAGCAGUACACUUUGUAUGGCAUCCUCUUCUUUGUCUUUGCCAUCCUGCUGAGUGUGGGGGCUUGCAUCUCCAUUGCGCUCACCUACUUCCAGUUGUCAGGGGAGGAUUACCGCUGGUGGUGGCGAUCUGUACUGAGUGUUGGCUCCACGGGGCUCUUCAUCUUCCUCUACUCAGUCUUCUACUAUGCCAGGCGCUCCAACAUGUCAGGGGCGGUACAGACAGUGGAGUUCUUUGGCUACUCCUUACUCACUGGUUACAUCUUCUUCCUCAUGCUGGGCACCAUCUCCUUUUUUUCUUCCCUAAAGUUCAUCCGUUAUAUCUAUGUUAACCUCAAAAUGGACUAG